CGUUAAGGUGUCACCGUGUUGCCCUUGGGAAUGGUUACGCCAGGGAGAUGAAACGUGAUGGCCCUCUCUUGCCCAGACAAAUGAAGUCAUUCCCAGGGACCGAAGCCAGGGAGUCUUGCGUGGGGUUGGCGUUGGGCACACGCAGGCUGAUCGCAUGCCAACUUGCGAGAUUCCGGUCUGAGAGAAAAGUCUGAUAUGCCCCAUACUUUGGGUCUCUCUGCUCUUUCUGGCCAAAACAACCACCGGAAACACUCGCAGCAAAAAACGACCAUGUCGGCCACAGUCCUCAUCGGGCAGGCUCCCACCAAUCUUGGCCCACUGACCACAACAUUCACACCACCGCCAGAAUGCACAGUAGCAGUUGGCGCAGGAAGGGGCGGGUUCCUUGGGGACUUGUUCGGGGGAGGGGAUGACAAGAGUAUUGCAUAUCUGGGACAAGCAUGCUCUCGAAAUCGAGCUGUCGAUGAUACAGCAUGUUGGCCAGCGACCUCAGAGGGCGCAGAGUCAAAGAAAGCGCCCUUGAACGGGUGGGGCUUCUACUCGCCGGGCCUGCAUUGCCCAGUGGGUUAUGCGACUGCUUGUGCGGCAACAGGUGGAAGUGGUGGGGGGUCUGGAUGGCCGGUCCAGUUCAGGCUUCUCGCCGGAGAAACUGCUGUUGGCUGUUGCCCCAGUGGGUAUGGUUGUGCCAAUAUCAACGGGCAAACAUGCACACUGGUGGUGACAUCGUCGACUAUUCCAACAGUCACCUGCGAUGGCAGCAAAAGCCAAAACUUUGGCUUUCAAACAGUCCCAGACCCUGAAGCAUCCAUCACAGCAUUCAGCAUGUUUGCCCCGAUGAUUCAGAUCAACUGGCAGAGCAGCGAUCGGCCAGCCACCACCACAUCAUCUACCGGCACUGGGUCAACAGCGUCCUCCACCAGACCAACAACAUCAAACCCCCUAGCCUCGGCAUCUGGCACCAAAGUCAUUGACACAGAGGACGAAUCUGCCGAAGAGACGCUUGUGCUCGAUGAUAAUUCCCAGGCGACUGGGACAGGAAGGGUGCCAACAAGGACGCUUGGAGCUCCGGGAUCGGCUUCGGAUGCAGCUGAUGCAAGCUCUGGCGAAGAUAGCGAAGGGUUGUCAUCGAACGUCAAGGUUGGACUUGGUGUAGUGGGAGCUUCCGUGGUGCUGUUGGCUUUGGUAAUUGGGCUGUUUUGGUGCUGGAGGAAACGAAAGAAUGCUGCAGAAGAGCAGGAGCUCGAUCGGCUGUAUGGGCAAAAGACUGCGACAGGUUCGACCAGUGAUUUGACCAGAAGCGACGAGAUUCCUGGAUGGUGUCGAGGACAGCGUUUGGCAACGCCGACGCAAAAGGAGCCAUUUUUCAGGGAAAGUCUGCGAGAGAUGAGGAUGCCGGCAGAGCCAUAUCAACAUGGAGGGUCGCCAUAUUUUCGGGACCCAGGAUAUCGUGUAUAAGUUUCAUGUAGACCUCGCAGGUUAAGUUGUUGCAAUGCAAUGCCAUCUCAUUCAGAAGAACAAAGUGAUUGAACCAUUGCCA